AUGGUUGAAGGUCCCGGGUGUACAUUAAACGGCGAAAAGAUCCGCUCGAGGGUCCAGAAAGGACAAAAAGUGAAAGAAAUGCGAGGCAGCAUGUUCUCAACGAAGGGAAACGACCAGGAGAGAAACAACGCCAUCCAAAGGCUGAAAGGUUGUCAGUACACUGGUGUUGACACUCUAGGGAAGGAGCUCUUCUUGUAUUUUGGUCCUAAAGCGUUGAGAGUCCACUUUGGCAUGAAUGGCUCAAUGCGAAUCAAUAGCACGGAGAAAAAACGUGGCGGCAGCAGCCCAGUGUUGGAAAUCCACCUGACCAAGGACACUGUGUUCUUCUUUGACAGCACAGUGGAAAUGAGGUUGAGUGACGACUGCGAGCAGCGCUUGCGAGCUCUUCAGCCCCUAGACGUGUGUUCGCCGGCAUUCAUCCCCUCACGUUCAGCUGAGGCGGCGAGACGCCACGGCGGCAGGAUGCUCUGUGAUGUCCUCCUCGACCAGGCCGUCAUGCCGGGAGUGGGCAACAUCAUUAAAAACGAAGCGCUGUUCGACGCGGGCCUACACCCAGCCGUGAAGGUGGAGCAGCUGUCGGACGAGCAACUUCACCACUUGGUGAAGAUGACCCGGGAUUUCACUCUUCUCUUUUACAAGUGUCGCAAGUCUGGCUCUGCGCUGUGCACACACUACAAAGUCUACAAGCGUCCCCGGUGCGGCCGGUGCUCUGGCGCCGUUACCGUCUGUCGUCUCGGCGACAAUGGCAGGAUGACUUACUUUUGUGACCGCUGUCAGAAGUAUGAUGCCAGCAGCGUCCACGUCAGUCAACUUCCUGUAAGGAACACCCUGAUUGGCUGGGUCGGCAGCGGAGAAGCAGCCAAUGAAAACGUGGCAAAGAAGGAGGAAGAGGACUGGGCAUGUCACCUGUGCACGCUCAUCAACCGGCCCAAUGCCAAAAGUUGCGACGCCUGCCUCUCUCCCAGAGCUCAGGUCCACAAAGACGAAACCUCUACACACUCCUCCACCGAUCUGGUGCGCUACCCUUGCAACACCUUCACAAAACCCCGAGAGGAGCGCAAACUCAACUGGCGCUCUGUUUUGGGGACGUCCACCCUGCUUUUCUCCGACCUGAGCGCAGCAUCCGGACCAUCUCGUGGGGGACCGCCGGCCUCAUCCAGUCAGCCGCGUAAGAAAAUGAGAAUUGAUGGCGGUCCCUCUAACAAGUUGAGCGUGCAGACAUCAGCAGGGGCGCAGCCCGGCCCCUGCCGACCUCCCUCGUGUGCUUCCCACGGCCGCCCGGCUCACAUGCGAGUCGUCCACAAGGAUGGCGACAAUAAAGGACGGCGGUUUUAUACUUGCUCACUGCCCCGGGAGACAAAGUGCGAUUUUUUUGAGUGGGCUGACUUGCACUUUCCCUCCUGUCACCACGGCAAACGAUGCGUGAUGAGGACUGUGCUCAAGCUGGGACCCAACAAUGGCCGCGACUUCUACACCUGCGGCCUCCAAAAGGGUAAACAGUGUGAUUAUUUUCAGUGGGCAGAGGGUGGACCGGGCGUUUCAAUGCUGUCAGGCUGUUAG